CUGUAUAUGAUGUUAAUAUUAAUGUAGUUAACAGGGUAAGGGCCGGGAAAUAGACGCAAAUUCACGUUAACUUCGUUACCGAGCAUAAUCUUUCUGAUGGAAAAUCAAAGGGACUGACAGAAACAGGCGUUUAAACGUAUGGAGCUGUUUUGUGGUGCCUUUUGAGAGGCAUUGCUCUAGUUAUGUCAUUCUUUGACCGCUUGCCUGUCAUGUGAGCUAAAACAUCCAGAUCUAUAAUAUGCAGCACAAGGCUGCGUGGACAAGGAUGCUCGCGGAAAAGCUGUCACCUAAUGAAAAGGCAACGAUCGUUAUUAUGCAUGGCAAUGUAAACAUGCCGUCCUAACGCGGUCCCAGUGGGCUCGAUCAGAGAUGUUAUUUUAGGAGGUUAGGUCUUCGAGGAGCUAAAGUGCUCCACCGGCAGACGAUACAGGCUCCCGGGAGAGGAUCGCGGCUUUGCGGAGCGGCUGCUCUGGAACAGCCCGAUGCUGCAGAUUGCGGCGCUUGUAGCCUGGCUUCCCCUUACGGCUACAAAUAAACAAUGAGUCCAGGAGACACAAUUCAUGGCACGGCACCUAUAGAAACCCAUUUCCUCGAACUAGUUGGUCGACCAGAGCUUGUCGUCGCAAACCGCAAUCGUAUGGGGAUAUUGUACAUCGGCGCGGCACUCCUUCUCGAUCUCCCCCUGGUAACCAGCACCUCAGGACCAAUCGAAGUUGACAGGAACUACUCUGAAGCCUAUGAGGAAGUCACCCUUCUGUGCAGGAAGGAGGAGCUAAACUUUGGGAACUGCCUGUUCGGUUGGCUGCGAUGUUAUAAUAGGAGGGGUUGUGGCAGGGAUUACAUGUUGAUGAAACUGAUCUGCUCAGUGAGCUCAAACCAGAGCGGCCUAGCCCAUGAGUACCCCGACUGCUGGGAGGGUGGCAGUGAGGCCAGCCUGCUGGUGUCCCCGCUGGUGGUGGCGGGCAUCGUCAUCGGCCUGGUGCUCUUUCUGUCCUGCGUCACCAUCAUCGUGGGCAGCCUGAGGAAGGAUGGCCGGCUGCGCAACCCACACCUGCGCGCCAGUUACGCUCCUGAUGGAUACUCCUACGGCGGGUCCAUCGGGGAGCUGAGGUCCACAUGCAUGGAGGAGAUCCCCCCGGUGUUCGACUUCGACUCCUACAUGGAAUCCCUCUCGCAGGUCAACGUGCUGUACCCAGACUCACCGCCCAACUAUGAGGAGUGUGUGGGACCGGGAGCCACACAGAUCUACAUUCCCACCGACGACCCACCACCGUACUCUCUCACGGACCCGUGCCGGUGGAGGGACCAGCAGGAGGUGCACUCCUGCCUGGAGGGGGAGGAAUUCCCAAACACAACCUCCUGGGCAAUGGGCGGCAGGGCCUUCCCAUGCUCAGCUGGACCCCAGGGGGCAACACAGCAAGCGGUCGCCUCCGUGGCCCUGGCGGCCCUCCCAGCGGAGGCCGCGCCCCCCUACGAGGCCAUCGCAGGCGACGGACAUAACCGCCCCAUCCCUCUGAUCCCCAUGGAUCUGCCCAAACACACGUCAGCGAACAGCACGGCCCGGCAAACCAUGCCGCACGGAAUCCUCUAGGCUGUGCUGUGAUGUGGGCAAGGCAAGCACAAUACCUCCUGUGUUUCCAACAGCUACCCCUUAGCUUGUUUUUCUCCACUCAAGUAAGCCCAGUCAUCCGAAAGAGGCAGACCCAAGAGAACAGCACAAAUGUACUGGCCUGAAAUGAAGCCUUCACGGAGACUUCCUCUCUUCCGCCUCCCCGAAAAUACAAACAAAUCACACACAUACGAACAUGUUCUUGGAAGCCUCCAACACCAACUGCCGCACUGGACACUGCCAAGACAAACACAGGGCUAAUGAGGAACUGAAGCCUUCUAAUGUGAUCUCCGUAUCAUUUUAUACCGUCUUCUACACUCUGUCUUUGAUAAGAUACGCAUCACACAACCGACACACAAACAGAUCAUUCUAACUGCUUAUCCAAUACAGAAGUCUGUUUAGUGGGCUUUAUAAACAGUGGUAGUUUGGUUAAUUUAAAAAAAAAAAACAAAAGUAGGACAUGCAAAAAACUGAAAACAUUGAUAUCACAGCCCAUGAAAAUCAUAGGAAGUUAGUACAAAAUCAGUGGAACUAGCAUAAAAAUGUCGUUCUGUCUGUUUGUAUCUUGCCCAGUGUAAAUGUGCGAUAGUCAAACAGGAGAAUAACUUUUCAGUCGUUUCAACAUUUUAUUUUCUUAUUUCUUUCCUAACCAGAUGAAGGAAUCGGGGAUAGUAAGAUAGUAAGAGACAUUUACCUAAACCUGAAAAGCAUUGUCACACCGGAGUGACUCCUAGUUUAGAGAGAGAGCCUUUGAAAUAUAAACCGGGAUCCAGAUUCUCUUCCCUGAUCUUCCUACGGUCGUGUUUUCAGGUUUAUGACAUGCAAAGAUGGAAGCGAAGUAUUUCUCCAGAGAGUUUUAAUGGAGGUCAUUGCUCUUGCUGUCUAGGAUGCAGACAGCUGUACAAAUGGCUUGUUGUUCAGGAGACACUAUUGAUAACUGUGAUUAAUGUUAGAUUUAUGUGCUUUGCUGAUCGCAUUAGUUUGGCUUCACCAAAGCACCACAGAAAAUACGCAAGUGAGUCACACGGCUUUGUCAAUGAAGAGUACCAUUUUACAUGUUACACACACCAAAGUACACAAGGAGGUAUAAAUUACUACUGCCCAUGAGGAAUCAAGACCAAAAUCAUAAAUUUGGUUUGAUAUGCAAGAGUAUUAUUAUUUGUUUACUCUUUAUUUAUUAUAUUGAUUAGACCUUUGCUCUUUCCUAGCAUGCUGGCUUUCCUGUAUGCUUCCAAAUAAGUCACUUAACAUCCUUUCUAUUUCUAUAUUACGUGUCCGGGGUUGAAUAGCUUUUUUAUAUUCAGAGCUAACAUGAAAUGGAGGCUUCCAUUCGCGAAUAUAAACUUCUCAGAAAAUGAUGCCUAUAAAAUACAGACUGUUAAAACUUCUGAACAGAGUAGCAGGCUCAUACUAAUUACACAGUUAGGAGAUCUCCAUACUGGCCUUCUGUAAAAAUGAGUGAAAAUGAAUCCUAAGAAAUGUCACCAUUCUCAGUACCUCCCACUUCUCCUAAGCAUUUUUUUCACUGCAUAGUAAGCAACCAAUGAAAAUGACCAGACUCAUUUCAUAGACCUUGACAUUCAAGAGCAUAGUGGCAAUGAUGCAGGUCUGUAUUGGUAUGAAAACCUUUAGACCAAGUAAAUAACAGCAGUUGCUCAGAGUCAUGGCAAAGAAUCUUCUCAUUCCAAACAAAGAGUUUGUGUAACUCACUGUUAUUUGUUAUAUAUGCAAAAUUAUUCCCUUUCCCUUCUUUAAAUGACCAUGUGAUUGUUUUUCAUAAAAAUAAGUCAUAAUUACAGCCAGACUUGCAGGUUAUUGAUUAUAUUUAAAUCGCUACUCAACAUUAAAUUGAGGCUUUUGGAAAUGUUUUUAAAAUCUGGGUUUGUAAUGUGAUAAUAUAGUUAAAACUGUGUUUACCGUGGUUAAUUUAUUGUCAGUUUGUCACGAAAACACCUUUAACAAUAACUGUUUCUUGAUGACAAUAUUGGGUUUUAUAUUUUACAGCUAGGUUAUGAAAUAAUACAGAAAGUUUGCAUAGUCACUCCAAGAUGAUUGCAUUAAGAAUCUAAGAUACAUCCUCUGUUUUGAAACAAAGUGACACUAUGUAUUAACAGAAACACAACUGUAUGUGUUCACUGGAGUUUACUAGCAAAAGUGUUCUCGGAAACUUAAUAAGAAUUCUCCAUAUUUGAUAUUAUAAGCAUCAGGAUUUUGAGCCAUCUCUGUUAUCUGUUACGUCAGUGCAAGUCCCCCACUCAGCGCCAAAGCUACUGGGAGUCAGACUCGCACAUUCUUACAGGAACCAAGACAGACCAAAGAGAGGCAAGAGAGUCUGUCUUAGGCUAUAAUUUGGAUCACACUAGAUUUAUUGAAACAUCUUGUUAAGACGUUGCACAGUGCCCACUUUGUGACACCAUGGACACACUUCCUAAAUCACAGUGAAGUCAGAGGAAUCCCCCAACACACCCCAAGAGCGAUUCUGCGGCUCUCUUACAUCAUGAUCUGUGGUAAUAAGUCAUGAUAUCUUCACUCAUCCUGAAUCACAUCUAUGUUUUGUAUUAGAGCCCCUCCCUCCUCUCUCGUCCACUGAAUAAUAAAUCACAUAUAAAUAUACCAAAGUUACACUCAGUGGCCACAUUAUUAAGCACACCAAGGUAGUACUGGGUAGGAUCCACUUUUGCAUACAAGCCAUUUUAAGAGUGAACAAGUUGUGCAUUCAGAGAAGGCAUUUUGCAGACCACUGCUGCAAUGAGCUGUUAUUUUUUGCACCUUUUUGUCUUCCUGUUAGAUUUAGCCAAACUCCUUGACCUCUCUCAAGAACUCAUUAAGUUGUUUUGGCUACAGAAUUGAUUGGAUGGUUUUGUUUAUCACACCAUACCGCAUCGAAAUCCCAAGACUGAAAACCUAAAACCUCCAUGUCCAGCAACAGUAACACCACCACAUUUAACAUUCAGUUAAAUUUAGCUUAUUAUUCAGUUUACUGAUUUACUGUUUGGGGAGCAGGUUGUUCGCCAUAACAAGCAGGUGUACUUAAUAAACUGGCCACAGAAUGUAUCUGGAACGUAAACAAAAAAAAAAUCCUUUUUUAAGUGAGAAAAAAUUUCUUUCUUGUAAAACUAUCUUUUUUAAAAAAAAAAGAAAAAAAGACUUGCAUUGAUUUUUUAUUUUUGCUUCUUGUCCCUGACCUGCCAGAUGAAUAUUCGAAUGCAUCUGGUGAGGAAGCCAAUGCUGACACACACCCUUGCAAGUGGCCAGUGCCAUGGAAUAACGUAAAUGAGACAGAACAGAUGGUCUGUGCUGAUGCACCCCCCCCCAUCCCCCCCCAAUUAGCCUCUCUGCCCAGAGUCUGGCGUCCAUUAAUGGAGCUAAUUGCAUCUAGGGCCAGUGCUUUCGGGAAAUUAGGUCUUUAAUGAUGAUUAGAAUAUGGAGUCCUGUCUACUGCAUACCAAGGUCGAUAAAUCCAGGAACUGUGUUCCCUUCCAGUCUACAGCUUCAGAACCAAUAAAUGAUUUGGCGGAUGGUCUGAGCAGGGGUGGAUGGGUUCGUAGUAAGAGCGAGAGGUCCUCGCUGCAGCGGCCAUUGUGUUCAGGGUGUGUGGUAAUUGUAGUCUGCAGACGUACCCAUGGUGUUCAGUGAGAGGGGUCAUAGUCGUCAACGUGACAUUGUGGUCGCAUGUCUUUUAGAGAAACCUGUCUCUGUACGCAAGCUAGUACCCAAGAGGUUAUGGUGUCAAUACUCCGAAUACGAUAAUAAAUGUAGCGUAAUAUGCCUUUAAAUUUGAAUGUAUAAUUCUUAUUUUCUGCCGGUCUGUUUAACCAGGUGUGGUCACAUGAGAAUUUAUCCUCAUUCUCUUUUACAGACUGGAUGAUAAACACACACGUUGUGACCUUUUGCAACUAAUAAAGAUUAACUACAACAGA